UGAAACUCGCAGUAUCACAAAUUUUAAACACCAUUUUGGGUAUAUUUUUGCGUUUCGCAGGCUAUGAUGGUUGACCUACUGCAGUUUUUACUUUUAACGCUUAGUAUCCAACCAAUAUGGACUUUCGCUACUGACAUUAAUAUUUUGCGUAUAAACGGCGGGCGUAACAUCUCUAUUGAAGAUGCUUCCUUUAUGGUCGCAAUGGUCAUCUUAACUACUGACAAUAAGAUCACGUUUUGUGGGGGAUCUAUCAUUCAUGAGAAAUUCAUAUUGACUGCUGGUCAUUGCUUCAGGAAAAGUGUCAACCCUCUAAAUGCAGGCGGCGCUGUCGGCAUUGACGAUUUAGAUAACGAAGAUGGAAUAGACUUUACAGUGGACAAGAAGUUUUGUACAAGAAUUUCCACGACAGUUCCUUACUAUGAUGAUAUCUGUCUGUUGAAAUUAAAUAAGUCACUGGAAUUUGGAAGUCAGGUGGCGCCGAUUAAACUGCCAGAAAAGGACUUGAAGUUGGAAGAAGGUACGCUGGUCAACGUCACUGGAUGGGAUAAAACUGAGAACAGUAGCAACGUCGUGAUCAAUCUCCAGCAAGGAACAGAGUCAAUCAUGUCGGAUGAAAGCUGCCUCAAAAACUACCCAAAUAUCACGACCAACAGUCAGUUUUGCGCCGGAUCUAAUGGACAAGGUUAUUGCAGUCGCUACAGCGGAGGACCAGUAAUCAGCAACGGCGUACAAGUCGGAGUGGUUACCAGCAGUGAUGGGUGCUCCGAUGAAUAUGGUGCGGUCUACACCAAGGUCUCUAGCUACUUGGACUGGAUUCAUGAGGCUAUUAACGAAAAUCUGCCUUGAAAUUAAAAUAAAAUAAAAUAACGUACAGCUUGA